UCCUGGAGGCUGGAGAGGUGACCCUGGACUGAGUCCCCAGGAAACUGUGGCCCUGGAGAGGCAAAAGUUAGAGGAAGAAAAAAAGAAAAAAGUGAGUGCGUGUGUGUGUGUGUGUGAUACAGUGAGUGAGAUGGCUGCAGAGCUGCUACGGUAAUGGUGUAUACAGGGGGGGGUAUAAUGAAGUUAUAGCAGAUGACCUCAGAGGUUUUCAGAAUCAGUUUUGAUAGCUGACUAUUCUCCCUCGCCAAUAGUUUCUACCAUCCUCAUCUCACAUGUUUUUCCCACCCUUAUUUCAGCUUGAGGCUUUUAACAAUUCCAGGCUCAGGCUUGAGAGCCUGGCUGACUUAGAGAAUUUGGUGCUGCAGCGGAAAGAAAGGCGCCUGAAACGGAGGGUCCCUCCCAGGGCACCUAAGCCCCCGGUAGAGCUGCAGCCUCCAUCCCAGCUGCAGCCUGUGGACCUGGAGACAUUUCUGAAGGCAGCUGUUGAAAACCAAGAGCUCCUGAUUGACAAGUACCUGGCAGAUGGUGGUGAUCCUGAUGCCCAUGACAUGUUUCACCGAACAGCCUUACACUGGGCUAGUCUGAAGGGUCACAGCCAGAUUGUGAACAAACUGUUGGAGGCGGGUGCCACAGCUGAUGCGCGAGAAAUGUUGGACCGGACACCUUUGUUCUGGGCCUGCCGUGGAGGACACCUAGAGAUCCUUAAACAGCUACUCAACCAAGGGGCUAACGUCAAUGCCCGGGACAAGAUUUGGAGUACACCCUUGCAUGUGGCUGUUCGAACAGGACACUGUGACUGCCUUGAACACCUUAUUGCUUGUGGGGCCCAAACUGAUGCACAAGAUAAGGAGGGAGAUACAGCCUUACACGAGGCAGUAAGGCAUGGCCGUUACAAAGCCAUGAAGAUGUUGCUGCUCUAUGGGGCCAAGCUGGGUGUUCGUAAUACUGAGGCAAUGACACCAGUACAGCUAGCACGAGAUUGGCACAGAGGCAUCCAAGAAACACUACGGGCCUAUGUUGGGCAUCCCCGAACUCGUUGCUGAUGACAAUGACAGACCUUGUAGAGGCUACCACCAUUCCAUCCCCUUCCCUUUUUUGUCUAUCAGUUAUGGGAUAGCUCAGGUGGUCAGGCCACAAGUUGGGAUUUUCCCAACUCUAUUCCCCUGUCCCAUUGAGCUGUUCUACUGUACCAGGCAAGGUUAAUUCCUUGGCCUUUUGUUUCUUACCCCUCUCCUCCCCUCAAUUCCUAGUGAUCUAUUUAGUAAGGAAUAUUGGUCCAGAUUAUUUUCCUUGCCCUUGAAUUCAAUCUUUCACCUUCCCUGGUAGCUACCUCAAUGAUUAGGAAAAAAAAAAUUCUGUUAGAAAAAGCAAGGUCAGGCUUCAGGAUGGACAUUGUCAAGCACACAUGUAACUCUAAGGGGUGUCCUAUUUGGUUUGAGCUGGUCAGAGACAAGCUGUUCAGGUCAGUAAAGAGAUUAUAAAUUUGUAAAGGUAGGAGAGAAGACACUCUAAGUUCUGUGAGUGGUAGCAGUGAGGUUUAAGAUACUCACAAAGGUGAAGUUAGGUAGGUGAAGACUGAGGGGAUGGGAACCAUCUGGUGGUCUAUCAACCAUGGUCCCACAAAAGCUAUUCAGAAGCUUCAGGACCAGAGAAUUGUGCCCUUCAGCUUGUGGGUGACCUCAACUGUAUUACAACUUAUAUAAGGGCUCAUGCUCAUUAGCAGCAAUCCUGAUGGGGCAUGGUGUGGCUUUAGAAAGUUUCAGUCUUAAGGAUUCUUGAGAUGGUUGUUGGCUUUUGCAGAGUUAUGGUGUAUUCUGGGAUUAUUCAUUCUAUGUAUAAAACAGCACACCCAAACCCUAAGUCCAUAACCAACCUGGUUGCUCAAAAUUCCUCUAAGACUGACAGAUGAGGGCUAGAACCCUCCGCUGCCCCAGAGGAGUCAUCUCUCUCUGCCCCUGGGCUUUGGUCAGAACUUACAUGAUUUGGUUCAUUUUCUGUUCUUGUCAGGGUAUUAGUGCGUGGUCUCUUGCUCUGUGGUUACUUGUGGCCCACCCAAGAUACUUGGGGUGGUGGCCUGUACUUGCAAGGGUUGAGGCUGCCCUGUAACAUGGCAGGUAGGAAUUUGGAACUAGGGUAGAUUUCCAUGGUUGUGGUGCCACCUCUCUCUACUGCUUGUCACAGAAGGAAGUAUGCCUGCUAUCUUACGUAUAGCAAGGCAAUAGGAGAAAAGGCUGGCUGCAAAGAAGAUAGUGGAACUGAGUAUAUAAUACAUUCUGGAUACUUUCUCCAUAUAUUCUUUUUAUACACUGAAAAUGUGUAUUAUGAAAAUACACUUUUCUUAGUGGUUACUGGGGAGUCUUAAGGCAAGUUUCUACUGUCCUUACCACUAAAGUUUCUGAUUUCUACGUAUUGCUGGUCCAGUACUGCUGGUCAGGCUAAGAUCCUAGCAUCACCAGAGACCUCAUCUUCAAAUACCUUGCUUUAGCCCCACUGACAGAAGAUAAGGGAAGAUGGAAGCCCAAAGAAGGACAGGACCCCUCUCUUAGCCUGUUAAGUGCUCUGGGCCAGGCCUAGGUUGAAGGCCUGGAUUACAUAUCCUUAUCAUGACAAGUGCCACUGUGGCUGCUGAUUUUCUGUCUUAGGCUCCUGCUCCCCUUGAGCUUUAAGGCUAGGGUGUCCUCCAUGUAGGAUGAGAGCAAGACAAAACCACCCCUGUAGGUUGAGGCCAUAAAACCUUCCACACACCAGCAGCCUGGCCUUGCCUUCCAGGCUGUGUAGC